AUGGGCGCGGGGGCGCUCGCCCUGGGCGCCUCCGAGCCCGGCAACCUGUCGUCCGCGGCGCCGCUGCCCGACGGCGCGGCCACCGCGGCGCGCCUGCUGGUGCCCGCGUCGCCUCCCGCCUCCCUGCUGCCGCCGGCCAGCCAGGGCCCCGAGCCUCUGUCGCAGCAGUGGACGGCGGGCAUGGGCCUGCUGAUGGCGCUCAUCGUGUCGCUCAUCGUGGCGGGCAACGUGCUGGUGAUCGUGGCCAUCGCCAAGACGCCCCGGCUGCAGACGCUCACCAACCUCUUCAUCAUAUCCCUGGCCAGCGCCGACCUGGUGAUGGGCUUGUUGGUGGUGCCGUUCGGGGCCACCAUCGUGGUGUGGGGCCGCUGGGAGUAUGGCUCGUUCUUCUGCGAGCUCUGGACCUCGGUGGACGUGCUGUGUGUGACGGCCAGCAUCGAGACCCUGUGUGUCAUCGCCCUGGACCGCUACCUGGCCAUCACGUCGCCCUUCCGCUACCAGAGCCUGCUGACGCGCGCGCGGGCGCGGGCCCUCGUGUGCACCGUGUGGGCCAUCUCGGCCCUGGUGUCCUUCCUGCCCAUCCUCAUGCACUGGUGGCGGGCCGAGAGCGAAGAGGCACGUCGCUGCUACAACGACCCCAAGUGCUGCGAUUUCGUCACGAACCGGGCCUACGCCAUCGCCUCGUCCGUGGUCUCCUUCUACGUCCCCUUGUGCAUCAUGGCCUUCGUGUACCUGCGGGUGUUCCGCGAAGCUCAGAAGCAGGUGAAGAAGAUCGACAGCUGCGAGCGCCGCUUCCUGGGUGGCCCUGUGCGCCCGCCCUCGCCGGUGGCCUCUCCGUCGCCGGGGUCCCCGCGUCCAGUGGUCACCGCCGCCGCCGCCGACUCGCUGGCCAACGGGCGCUCCAGCAAGCGGCGGCCCUCGCGCCUCGUGGCCCUGCGCGAGCAGAAGGCGCUCAAGACGCUGGGCAUCAUCAUGGGUGUGUUCACGCUCUGCUGGCUGCCCUUCUUCCUGGCCAACGUGGUGAAGGCCUUCCACCGCGACCUGGUGCCCGACCGCCUCUUCGUCUUCUUCAACUGGCUCGGUUAUGCCAACUCGGCGUUCAACCCCAUCAUCUACUGCCGCAGCCCGGACUUCCGCAAGGCCUUCCAGCGCCUGCUGUGCUGCGCGCGCCGGGCGGCCCGCCGCCGGGGACACUCGGUCCACCGCGGGGACAGACCGCGAGCCUCGGGCUGCCUGGCCGGAGCCGGACCGCCGCCGUCCCCCGGGGCUCCGUCGGACGAUGACGACGAGGACGUCGGGGCCACGCCGCCCGUGCGCCUCCUGGAGCCCUGGGCAGGUUGCAACGGCGGCGGGGCGGCGGCGAUCGUGGACAGCGAUUCGAGCCUGGACGAGCCGGGCCGCCCGGGCUUCACCUCGGAAUCCAAGGUGUAG